AUACACUCAAAUAUCAUGGAUCACUUGGAACGUGAGGCGAGUAAGCUGCGGGCACUCGUUGAGAAUCCUGCUGGACCGGCCUCGUUGAAGGAAGCCAAGGAUAUUCUGCGCAACCUCAAGAUCGCGCUGAUCCAACUGCCCAGCUUGCCCCCCACCACCACAGAAUCGCCGACGGCAGUGCAAGAACGCAAGCUUGCACGUGAUGUCUUGGAAAGUGCGACGAUCAUGAGCGUGAAGGAAGAAGACAUCCCUGCCUUCGAACGCAACAUCACGCAACUUAAGGUGUACUACAACUCGUUCGGCGACCAACUACCAAAGUCACCCCUGCAUUACCCUCUGCUUGGCACGCGAUUGCUCCAUUUGCUCGUGGAGAACCGCAUGGCCGAGUUCCACGGCGAGCUGGAAAUCCUUCCGAGCGAAGGCCGCGCCGACCCGAACAUUGCGUUCUCCAUGAAGUUGGAGCAGUACCUCAUGGAAGGCAGCUACAAUAAGGUCUUGGAAGCCCGCACAAACGAACCCAACCCGUACUUCAAGUGGUUUAUGUCCCAAUUGCUGCAAACGGUCCGCGAAGCGAUUGCCGACUGCGCCGAAGUCGCGUACCCGUCGUUGGCGGUGGCCGACGCCGCCAAGAUGCUCAUCUUCGCGUCGUUGCCCGAGUUCCAAGCGUACGUCGUGGCCAACAAGCCCGAGUGGACUGUCACGGGCGACGUCGUGUGGUUUCAAGCUCCCACCAAGCACUUGGGCGCGGCGGACAUUCCAUCGCUUCGCUUGGUGCGGGAGACUCUGUCGUAUGCUACGGAACUCGACCGCAUCGUUUAAGCAUAUAUGGAGGAGUUCUGUUGGAGGCAAAUUAACUCUGUAAUAGAUCUCGCCAUUGUGGCGGCCACUACUAACUACUAA